UAUUUCUUUCUUAAACUUUGUGCGCAAAGAGGAACUACCUCCAACGCCACACCAAAUCCAACCAAAUCCAACUCCCCUUUUUUAGGGCCCUCUACUCUUGAGAUUUUAUCAACUCUCUCUCUCGCGGAUUCAAAUUUAAUUUAUAAAAAAACCCGCCAAUUCUCAAUCUUUGUAUAUAUAUACAUAUAGAUUGCUUGUUCCCGCUAAACUACAAACAAAAAAUUCUCAUCGAACACAUCUUACAAUUUUCAAGAGCUCACUCAGAACACGCUGAGUUGAAAUCCCGUCCCAACUAAGAAUCAUUAUAGUUUCGAAAAAUUCAAUAAGUGAUCAAAUGACAGUAACAACGAACACGAAUGCUAGAAAAAGCACUGAGAAUUUGAUCCAGAAGAAAUGGAAUCACACUUCUCCAGAGAGAAACAUCAUUUGGAUUGAACCAAAACCUAACAAUAAGGCUUUAAAAAGUGUUCCUGUUAUCUAUUAUAUCUCUAGAAAUGGACAACUUGAGCACCCACAUUUCAUCGAAGUUCCCCUCUCUUUCUCUGAUGAAGGACUGUAUCUUCGAGAUGUGAUAAAUCGAUUGAAUUUUCUAAGAGGAAAAGGCAUGGGUUAUUUGUUCUCCUGGUCCUGCAAGCGGAGCUACAAAAAUGGAUAUGUUUGGCAUGAUUUAUCGGAGAACGAUUUGAUUCAUCCAACGAACGGUCAGGAUUACGUUCUCAAAGGAUCGGAGAUUCUAGAAACUUCAAUCAGUUCACGAUGUUGUGAGAUUUCGUUACCGGAAUUGCAGAAAUCACCUUCGUCGGAUGAAAAUCGUGAUUCUUCUUCUUCGUCGACUACGACGACGAGGAGGAGGAAUCAGUCGUGGAGUUCGUUUGAAAAUCCUCAGCAAGAGUACAGGUUAGUGUACAAGUGUGAAUCAGGCAGAGAAAUCGCCGGAAAAUUCAUGUCGGCGACGGCAGCAGCGGCGGAUGCGGCGACGCAGACGGAGGAGAAGCGGAGGAAGGAGGAGAAUAAGAUUACGGAGCUGAGUAGAGAAGAUUCGUCUCCGUCUCCACCACCGCCGUCGAUGUCUAGCUCCGAUGGAAUGGACGGUGGGGAUGGAUCGAAGAGAGUUAGUGUUGGAGAUCGAACGGCUGAGAUCGAGUUUAGUAGUGGUAGAAUGAGUGCUUCUCAAGUUGUGAUGCACCUUAUCACUUGUGGAUCUUCAACUUCAGCUGAUAAUUGCUCGACGGUAAAAUCAACGAAGAAGUCGCGGAGUAAGAACUUUCACUACGAUAUAUGAAGAAGUUCGAGUUUAAUAUCUAUUUAAAAAAAAUAAUUUUAUUUUUAUAUAAAUUAUAUAAUUUUUAUUGAAUUGAUUCGAUCUUAA